CGUCCAAUCAGACAAGACUUCAAUUUUAAAUGAGACGGUAGUUCCUUCUCCAUGUUACUGAAACCCACAACAAACACCGAAACUGUGACCCCAUCUGUUGUCAGGACGGAGCUUUGAAUGAUACGACUUUUUUCCUGCUAGUGGGUAGAUUUUGAGCUCCAACUGCCUCGCAUCGACAGCCGUUUCAUGGGCACCCAGGAGGGAGAGAGAGAUUGGGUAGAGGUGGCAAAUGAUCUCCUCAGCAAGUGUGCCAUAAACCUAAGGCUGAGGAAACUGACGGACUGUGAUGCAAAUGUUUUCAUUGCUCUGUACGAAAACAUCUUGGGGGAGAAGGUUCCAGAUUACAUUGCAGCGCCAUGCAGUCAAGAGGAUGAAGCCCAUAACGUUCAGUCUGUAAUCGAUUCACUCUCCCUGGAUUACCUUCAGAUCAGCCUCUCACACAUUACAGGAGAAAAUGUUGUCAGAGGGGACAAAGAUUCAACCGAGAACCUCCUGGAAAUUUUUGAUGGCCUCCUGGAAUAUCUCAAGGAGGAGAUAAGCGAGGAGUCACAGAAUGGAGAGGAACUGAUUGACAGUCUCAAUGAGGAUGUCCCUGUUGAAGCCAAAGAGCCUACCAGCUGUGAUGCCCCAGCGCAAAAAGAAACUAAACUGGAGGGAGCCUCGUUGUCUUCCAGUGGAGAGUCCGCUGUGUAUUCCAGUAAACAUUCCCUCCAUACCUGGAAUGCUGAGGAGGCGGGAUCAGCCAGUGAGCUCAUUGGGCUGGGAGUCUCGGCACGCACAUUCACAGCCAAACAAGACGAUCCCACCUCUGUUCCUCUGGACACGCAGGACGCUCCAUUGACUGGCGCUCUGCCCUCAGCCAUCGCCCUGCAGCCGCCCACCCAGAGCAACACCUCCCACAGACCGGACACAGACCCUCACUCACCCAGCCAGUCCCCCACAGCUGCCGGUCCCAGCCAAGGGCCUGCAGGGGAGGAAGCUGCUGCUGUCACCACAGAGCCUGAAGCUAAACCAGAGGCUGAGACAGUUGUUACCAAUGGGCUACAUUCUCCUCCUACUUCCCACUCUCCUGCUGCAAGUGAGUCCAGUCAGCACAGAGCCAGGACAGAGGUGCAGGGGGAGACACUAGAGCCCACUAACGGGGGUCCCAGGAGGGUUUUGUUCCGCACCAAGCCAGAUGUGCUCUUCCUCACCCUGCAGGAUGAGAUGGUAGUCACAAGUCCUUCUCCGCCAGACACUGAGGAGGAAGAGGAGGAUCUGAGUUAUACACGAAGACAAGCGGACAGAAGGAUAGAUCACAGGGAUCGAACAGGCCUCAGCAGCAGCAGCAGGUUGGAGGAGGAAGAUUUGAAGGAGCCUCUGUCGUACCGCAGACAGAGGAACAAAAAAGCAGAAGAGGAGCUUCAUCACAUAUCUGAGAACCUCUCCCAUCGAUUAGAGGAACUUGAUCAGAUGCUCAAACGAGUUCUGGGGGACAGUGGAGAGUCCAGUGACGUGAGAGAAGAGGACAAGCAGUCCCACCACAGUGACAGCGUCAUGGAGUGCCGCAGGGCUCCCAGACAGCAAACGGGAGCACCUGGCACUGAAUCCUCCCCCCGGACACGCUCCUUAUCCCCCUCCCCUCCGCGGGUCCGUCGCUCCCUGCAGGGACAGUUGGAAGCUGCCAUGGCAGAGGCCUUGAGUCUGGAUGAUGGGAGACAAACAAACCUUGCCUCUGCUCAAUCAAGACGAGGAGAGCUACACCACACACCGUCUCACCGAAAACUGAGCAAGUAUUUGGAGAAUAAGGCCUAUGAGGAGGAGUUGAAAAGAUAUGAAGACAAAGAACGGGCCGAUAUAGACAAGGCACGCCUCAAAGCUCAGGAAGCUGAGCGCCAGUACAGAGAGGCUAUACUCGGGGAAGUUUCGGACGCGUCCAGACUGUCUCCAGAGAGAACGAAGACCCAACGUAAAGCACAAACCACACCGAGACGGAGACGGCAGGAGGCCCCCAGGAAAGCUCCAUCAAUGAAGAUAAAGGAGAAUGACCUCUUACCUGUGCUUCGGGAGGAGCUGCCCCACCUUCACAUCUCCCAACAAGCCCUGGGUCGGAUGUGGGAGCAGCAGAUGCAGCAGGUGGACAGACUCCAUGCCCUGUCGUCCCCUCAGAACCAGCGACACAGCAAGAUCUCCAGCCAGGUUCAGGAAGCGCAAAAGAAACAUGACCUGCUUCAGGAGAUCGUUCGCAAAGAGAAGGAUCACAACAGGCGUCUGAGGGACUUCAAAGAGCGUGUCGUGCAGCAGAAGUCGACCCAGAACAGACUGAAGGAACAGAGGCAGCAGAUAGCACGUGCCAAGAAGUACCACAGCGAGUACCACGUCCAACACCGGGCCCGCCUCAUGAGGGCCCGCACCGAGGAGGAGAGGAUGUUUCGGCAGCUGUUUGAGGAGGGCUUGGAGCUACAGAAGGUUCGGUUGAGAGAGCAGAAAGCUUUCGCCAGGGAGCAGCGUCUGGAGAAUCAGAGACGACACCAGGACCAGAUCAAGUCCAUGGAGAACUACUAUAAAGACCAAUUUUCACUACUAGCUGAAAAGCUCUCUCUGGAGCGGCAGGACAUCCAGGUUCGGAAAAAAGCUCAAGAAAAGGCUCUGCUGAAGAUGAAGAGAGAGCUGCGUUCAAGAAUGGAGCGUGAGAUCGGUGAGCUGCAGAAGAUCAUCAUCGAGAACGACAAGGACGAUCACUUCCAGGAUCUGGAGGUUCAGAGGCUGCGCAGCCGGGUCCAGAUGGCUUCCUUCCAGAAUAACACUAGCUAUCUGCACUGACCAGGGAACAGAGACUCAGGACGCUUUGAAGCUGGAUUUACAUCAGAGGAACAUUAUGCAAAAGACUGUUUCUGCCUCUCUAAAAUAAUGGUACGACUUUCCGGCCGCUGAACAGUACGUCUGCAUCUUCCUUUGCACAGAAGAGGAAACUCUCGUAAGAACAAGUCCUGAUGAUUAUUAAUGAACUGAACACUCAGACAAGAUGUAGCUAUUGGCUUAUUUAGCUAACUUCCUCUCACCUCAGCUGCUAUACCUGAACUUAAUGACAUCUUGGACCGAGUCCCCUUCUUCCAUGGAUUUUAGUACUUGAUAACUGAGAAUGUUUGAAACGGUCUUUGUGAGCUGAUCUCGUAGCAAAUUAGUUCAAAUGUUCUUCCUUUUGCCAAAUAGGGACUUUUGAUGCAAAGUUAUUAUGAAUGUCCCACACCGACAGAUUUUUAACUCCCAUUUCACCCUUAAAUGUCCGAUCAUCAAUGAUUUAACCGUGCUUGUGGAUUAUUUAUUUGUUAACCUUAAUGUUGUUUGAUUUUAAAUUAACCUGGUGUUCUAGGUUAAUUCUGUCUGAUCACCAUGGGCGAUGAUAAUCAGUCUUUUCCUCCAUUGUGAUUGUUUUUAACUCUCCGCCAGAACUAAAGGAAUCGUAGUUUUAAACAGAAACAGGCUGUGAUGUUAAAACACUGUCCACUGAUAUGUAACUAAUGAGCACACCAUUUCCCCAUCAUCAUCUUCCAUUAAAUGUGUUUGCUCACUCAUC